UGAGAACCAGCCCUGGACCUCAGUUCGAGGGUCCUUCCUCUGAAGACAGCGUCAGUGUGUGGAGCCUGCCCCACACCCACCCCCUGUUAAAUCACGGCCUUUACCUGUGUCUUCCGGUGUUUCCCGUGCGACCCAUCCUGUGGGAGUGCCUCGUGGGCCGCCCCAGAGUUUGCUCCACGGUCAGCAGCACCAAUGGUGAAGAUGACAAGAUCGAAGACUUUCCAGGCAUAUCUGCCUUCCUGCCACAGAACCUACAGCUGCAUUCACUGCAGAGCCCACUUGGCCAAUCAUGAUGAACUCAUUUCUAAGUCGUUCCAAGGAAGUCAAGGACGUGCAUACCUCUUUAACUCAGUAGUUAACGUGGGCUGUGGGCCAGCAGAGGAGCGAGUGUUACUAACAGGAUUACAUGCGGUCGCAGACAUUUACUGUGAAAACUGCAAAACCACGCUGGGUUGGAAAUAUGAGCAUGCUUUUGAAAGCAGCCAGAAAUAUAAAGAAGGCAAAUACAUCAUUGAACUAGCACACAUGAUCAAGGACAAUGGCUGGGAUUGAUCCUGAGAGCAUCCACCCAAACCAGUGUCCAUGUGAAUGCCAUCCAACUGAACAUUCUACCCAAGCGUGAGAGCGUGAUUGAACACUUGGUUCCAUCCUUUUAGGGGCCUGGCCAUCUGGGGCAUUCUCCCACCCUGACACCAUCCUUCCGGUGACUGGCCCCUAAAUUGCUGUCUCUCUGUCUCUUUGCUUUGUAUAUGUUUGUGAGUUGAUCCUGGCUUCUCUCUCUGUUCUGGUGUUGGCCGAAAACAUUUCAACAAAAGGAACAGAUGCCUGACCACAUGGCGGCAGCCCCUCUUGAUUUGGGUCCCUGGACCCAUUGGAGUGCUGCCUGAUGGCCUCUUGUUGGGAGUCUAAUAGCACAGCUUGGGGAUGUGAGGAAGAGGGUAAGAGGAACCUUAAUGGUCUCAGGGAAGGAGAGGUUGAGGUAGGAACAAAAUUGUGCUGCUCCCAGAAAUAUGGUAACUUAGGCUUGAAAUAAUCAACUUGUCUAAAAGGACAAAGAGAAAAAAAAAAUACCUCAUGACUGCAUACUCUGAUCAGCAGCUUCACUUCCUGACACGAGAUGUGCCAGGUUAUUAAAUGAGCACAAAAAGUGACCCUAAUUCUUAGCCGAGGGGCCAGGAUUUUGGUUCUCCUGAGCCACACUGGGGAAUGUCCUGGCAGCAGUGAGUGACGUGGGAAAGGCCUAAACGAUUCUCGUGUCUCUGCUGCUCCUCAGGGUGAUCUUUCCCUCAUUCGCCAGUGUGGCUGAGAGGAGAGGGGAUUGCCAUUUACUAAUGGGUGCAAGCGCCAAACUUCCAAAAGUUUUUUUUUUUCAUGAGCAUCAAAAUAAAU